AUGCUGUGUGAGAUCUGCCUCAAUAUCUUCCGAGGCUCGUGCCCAGUGGAAUACACUCAGCACCAUGAUUCUAUUGAGAGCUUGCAACGAUCCGCUCUCGAGGAUUGUGAGAUCUGUCGCACUUUAUGGAACGACCCCUUCUGUUACUCGUCGCAACCGAGCUCAGAGCAUGUUCAAAUAUCGACGGAAACUAUAGUGAAAGAAUUUCACGACGGUACAGGCACUAGGCAAGUGCAUGUUGAAGCCAACUCGCACGAAUACACACGUGAAUUCGUUUUCAUCUGUGAGCUUGCGGGUGAAGAUCAUAAGAAUUCUGAUGCACAUAAGCCACCUGCAUCAGACUGGGCUGCCAGUAUGGCGUGCGCGAGAACAUGGUUAGCCAAAUGUACGGAAACUCACACAGAUUGUCAAGCAUCUGGCUUCAAGUCCAUGACAUACUGCCCGACGCGUCUUCUCGAGAUUGACCAGCCAGAGGCUAACAAAUUGCGGUUGCGGCUGUGUUCUGAGCUAGAUGAUGCUCCUCCGCAAUAUGUAACACUCAGCCAUUGUUGGGGAACCUCGAAGACUCUGAGGUUAACGUCACAUUCGUACCAACGCUUCAGAGAUGGUGUGAAUGUUUCUGAACUGGCGAAGACAUUUCAGGACGCUGUAUUUGCCGCGAAGUCACUUGGCAUCAAGUUGCUGUGGAUAGACUCAUUUUGUAUCUUCCAGGACUCCAAGGAAGACUGGCAGCACGAGGCAGCACUCAUGAGCCAAGUUUACCGUCAUAGCUUCCUCAACAUUGCAGCCAGUAUAGCGGUCGAUAGCGAUGCCGGUUGCUUUCGUGAAAGAGUUUCUACUGCUGAGCGCUCCCUCGUCCAAACUACAUGGACCGAUUACCCCAACGGCACUUAUUACCUUUACUAUGAUCACUACUGGGUAGACAACUUCGCGUCUAUGCCCCUGAAAAAGCGUGCAUGGGUUGUUCAGGAACUCGCUUUGGCUCCUAGGGUGCUUCAUCUCUGUGGUAGUCAGUUGUUUUGGGAGUGUCAUGGCUUGGAUGCCUGUGAAACCUGGCCUAUUGGACCACCACCAAACAUGUGGGUGGACCACGGAAAAUUGAGAUCGCGUUCUGCCUCCAUCGAAGUCUUUGGCUUCCACCGGACUGGCUAUAAUGAGAGUGUGCAUAUCUCUACACAUGAAAAUGAUAGGUUCAACACGGAUACGUUCCGAGAGCUAUGGAAACACAUCGUGAGCGAUUACAACAUGUGCGACUUGACAUUUCCGAGCGACAAGCUAGUUGCUCUAUCAGGUAUUGCAAAGCACAUGGAGCAGCUCCUUAAGAUUGACUACUGGGCAGGACUCUGGGCUUUUGACCUCAUUCCAGAGUUGAUUUGGACCAUUCGCGAACCAUCCAUACCCAAACCAGAAGCAGACACUAUAGUUUAUCGUGCACCUUCGUGGUCAUGGGCAUGUAUGGACGGGGAAGUAGAUUGGAUUGCGUGGAGGGGGCAGUUCUUAGUCGACAUCGUCUGUUGCGACAUCAGAACCGCGACAGCGGAUCGGACAGGUGCGGUCAUUAGCGCUGCUUUGCAACUAUCCGGUUGGUUGGCAACUAUUGAGAUUCGCCUAAACUCCAAGAGAUGGGAUAUUUAUCUGAAUGGAAGGUGGACCAGCUGGGGUGGUGCGAAUAUUCAUCUUGAUCGUCCUCUCGCGUCGUCCCACCUACACUGUCUACCCCUCGAAGAUCAUGGGCUAUUAAAUAUUCUACUCCUCACCCCUACUGGAGUCGCACGUGGUCAGUUCCAAAGGGUGGGAAUCGCUAUGGUAGGCAUUGAAGCAUUCGGGCUAGAGGAUUGUGAUCAGCUGGCACACGUCACGAACGAAUCAUGGCUAGAAUACCAGUCAAUAAGUGAUGACGGUAAAUGCACGAUCACAAUAGUAUGA